AUGAACUCGGGAAACGAUAGCUGGCACUCCUCUGGAGGGCCUCCGUCGCAUCCUAGCAUGGACCAAAUGAACCAGCAACCGCGGCCCCUGGGGUCGUUCAGUCAAAAUCCGCCCCAGCAAGGCCCAGCGGCGCAGCCUUCAGGGCCAGUCCUCCCCCCUCCAGCUGGUCCCUACCACCCCGGCGGCCAGUCGGGCGGACACUCCCUCCCAGGGCUAGCUGAAUUGAGCCAGACCCACGGGGCUUCACACCAGCCGCCGACGUAUGGUCCGCAUCCUCCGGGUCCGUCUCACUCCACUGGUCACUCCCUUCCUGGCAUCGGCCAAGCUAUGCAGCAUGCGUCUCCCCAGUCACUCAACCCCGAGCGCGAGCGGGACUCCCGGGAGCGGGAAAUCUUGGAGCGCCACCGACAGGAAGAGAUGGCCCAUCGAGAACGGGAGCAGCGCGAGCGCGAACAGAUUGAACGCCAGCAGAUGGAGCGUCAGCGCGAACAGCAACACCACCCGGUCCAGAGUCACACCGGUUCGAUCCCCCUCCACCAGCCUGUCGCCUCGAAAGUCCCCAACUCCAUUCAUGGUCCCAAUGGUCUCCUCUCGAACCUCGGCGGAAACCCUCCCAGUGGCUCUCAGGGCGCGGCACAUUCGUCAGGGGGCCCGGCUAGCCUCUUUGGCCCGCAGAUGCCGCAGCAUGGUGAAGGUACCCCGCGGUCUUACAUGCAACACCCCGGUGGCCCACCUGGUCAGCCUAUGAUGGGAUACAACGGAUCGGGCCAGCAAAUACCCGGGAAUGUUGCGGCUCUCGCCCAAGGCCAGCAGCCAAUUCUCAAUGAUGCGCUCAGCUAUCUGGAUCAGGUCAAGGUCCGGUUUGUGGACCAGCCAGAUGUCUACAACCGUUUCCUUGACAUCAUGAAAGACUUCAAGAGCCAGGCCAUUGAUACCCCUGGCGUGAUUCAGCGUGUAUCGACUCUUUUCAAUGGCCACCCCGCCCUCAUCCAGGGAUUCAACACUUUCUUACCUCCGGGAUACCGCAUUGAAUGCGGCACCGAAGAUAACCCCGAUGCCAUCCGGGUCACCACUCCAUCGGGAACGAACACUCUGAGCAUGCCGCGUGCCGGGCGUCCAUAUGAAACCACAAACGACUUGGGACCUUCCGGUAGUCUUGGCCCUCAUGGUCGCCCAGACCUCUAUGACCAGUCGCGGCCUGGCUGGCAACAGACCCAGCAACAACAGGCACAGCAGCAGGGUGGCGUCCCUGGAUCUUACUCUCCCGGCUCUCGCAUGAUGGGGCCAGGCAUGUAUCAACAGGAGGGACAAGGCCACGGGCAGGACCACCACUAUGGCUACCCGAGCCAGCAGGAACAACAAGCUGCCUCCGUCAUGUCUCACCAGCAGGACCACUGCGGAGUAGCCCAACUCCAAGGUGCUGCCUCGGCAGCGUCUGCCGGCCUGGGUAGACCCUCUCUCCUGCAGGUUACCUCUGCCGCUGGCCAGACUCCGAGCUUGACCCAGCCGAUGAACAGUUUGGCCGGUGUUGGAUCGGGAAUGCUUCAGGGUGCCCAGGACUUGAACAAGCGUGGACCAGUGGAGUUCAACCACGCCAUCAGCUACGUGAACAAGAUCAAGAACCGCUUCUCGAGUGCUCCUGAGAUUUACAAGCAGUUUCUUGAAAUCCUGCAGACGUACCAGCGAGAGUCAAAACCCAUCCAAGAUGUGUAUGCGCAGGUGACUCAGCUGUUCAACACUGCCCCGGAUCUCUUGGAGGAUUUCAAGCAGUUUUUGCCAGAAUCUGCUGCCCAUGCCAAGCAGCAGGCGGCAGCUCGUCAAGCUGAAGAAGCAGCUCCUCUGAGCAACCUUCGUGGAGAACCUAUGGGUCUUCCUUCACAGACCUCUGGCCGGGAUGUCAAAAUGCCUCCACUCGGCCAGUUCAAUGUGAAAGACUCUGGGAAAGAUAGCAAGAAGCGUCGCGGUGGCCCUGGUGGCGCGGGCGUCACCUCGUCUGUUUCGGGCCCUGUUGGCGUGGAGGCUGCGCGGAUGGCCGAGUCUCAGGGCCGAGGCGGCCAGGCUGCGCAGUUCGGCAAUGUCAACAAGAAAGCUAAAUACCACCAUGGCAAGCCCUCGGCUGCUGAUAUGCCCAAUGUAUCUCCGACUCUUAUCCCUGCGCUCCCUGAACCAAUCCCGCCAUCCGUGUCGAUGACACCCAGCCAAGAAGAAAUUGCAUUCUUUGACCGUGUCAAGAAAUUCAUUGCGAACAAGCAGGUCUUCGGUGACUUCCUGAAGCUGUGCAACCUGUACACUACCGACCUACUGGACCGCCAUGUUCUGGUCAAGAGAGCGGAAGGAUACAUUGGUUCCAAUGCUGAACUUAUGAGCUGGUUCAGGCGGUUCAUGAGCAUCGACGAGCCUGAGGACAAGACCAUCGAUCCCAAGCCGAAGCAUGAGGCGGGCGUGGUCAAUCUGGCGCACUGUCGGUCACUCGGUCCCAGCUAUCGUCUUCUUCCCGCGCGGGAACGCCAAAAGCCGUGCACUGGCCGUGACCAGCUCUGCGACGAGGUUCUGAAUGAUGACUGGGCAUCGCACCCCACCUGGGCGUCCGAGGAUUCUGGUUUCGUUGCACACAGGAAGAACCAGUACGAAGAUGCCCUGCAUCGCAUCGAAGAGGACCGCCAUGACUAUGAUCAUCAUAUCGAGGCGUGUGUUCGUACGAUCCAGUUGAUCGAGCCCAUCUGCCAGCAGUUUCUCCAGAUGAAUGAGCAAGAGCGAGCGGCCUUCACUUUGCCUCGUGGUCUUGGUGGUCAAAGUGAAGCGAUCUACCAGCGUGUGAUCAAGAAGAUCUACGAUCGUCAGCGUGGCGAGAAAGUAAUUCGGGACAUGUUCGAGCGUCCUUGCCAGGUCCUGCCUAUUGUGCUUUACCGCCUCAAGCAGAAGCUCGAAGAGUGGAAGGCGUGUCAACGCGAGUGGGACAAGGUGUGGCGCGAGCAGAUGCAGAGAGCCUACUGGCGCAGUCUUGACCACCAGGCGAUUGCCACCAAGCAAGCCGACAAGAAGCUUUUCAUCGCGAAGAACAUUCAACAGGACUUCCAGGCCAAGUUUGAGGAAGCUCAGAAUCUUCGCAAGUCUGGAUGGACUCCUAAAAAGUACCAGAGCGAAUUCUCCUUCAAGGAUCUGGGCGUUCUCCUGGACACUACCCACUUGCUUUGCUUGUAUUUCGACCGGACAACCAAUGGAUUCGGCACCGAGCCCCAGCGACUUAUCAACUUCUUGCAGGACUUUGUCCCUGCCUUCUUUGGUCUGGACCGUGAGAUCUUCCAUGAGUACAUGGAGGAACUGUCGAGCGGGGCUACCCCGGCCGAGGAGCUGGAAGACAAUUUCGCAGCUGAUGACGCUUCGACGGCCAGCCAGAAGGUGGUCAACACACAAAAGCUGGAUGCCUUGCGUGAGGCUCUUGAGCGGCAAACCGAGAAGUCCAAAGAGAAUAAGCAGGAUGGGGCUUCCACCAACCACGAUGAAACUCCUGUUGUCACCUCUGCCACUGUUUCCGACUCUGAGGACGCCUUCAACGUGGCUGAGCUGAAGUGGAUGGAGCAUCCCGGCGAAGGUAACUUCAACCUGGAACGCGAAUACACCCUGAACGAGAAGUACAAGAAGACCGAGCACCACAUGUACUGCAAUUUGAAUCUCAUCUGCUUCCUGCGGACCUUUGAGAUUCUGUACCAGCGUCUUCUGUGCAUCAAGGAACAGGAAGAGGAUGCCCGUGAGCAGGUCCGCCGUGGCCUGUUGCAGAAGCCUGCCAACGACUUGUGCUUGAUUGACCGGUUGCCUGGUGACUUCUUCUAUGAUGUCGACCCUAAGGCCAACCUGUACAAACAGAUCGUGCGCAUGUGCGAGGAAGUGAUCAAGGGCGAUAUUGACCAGAUUCAUCUGGAGGAGACUCUGCGCCGCUUCUACAUGCAAGGUGGGUACUUGCUUUACAACUUGGACCGGAUCUUUGCAGCCAUUUCCAAGUUUGUGGCGUCUAUCUUCACUGGCGACUCGCGAGACCGUAGCUCCGACAUUGCGAACCUUUUCUUCCGAGAACGGGAAAGGGACGAAACCACGCAUCGUCAGGAAAUCCAAUACCGCAAGCAGGUGGAGAAGUUGAUUAAGGAGGGCGACAUUUACCGCGUCACCUUUUUCCCCUCUGAACGCCGGGUCACCGUGCAGGUGUUGACGACCGAGGACGCCACCUUUGACACUGAGGAGUUGAGCCCCGAGGCGCGCUGGUCGUACUAUGUCAGCGCGUUCUCGAUGCGCGACCUGACCGAAGGUGUGCAGUUCUCGGAGAUGCGUAUGCCGUUCCUCAAGCGGAACCUGCCGAGCAAGCUGGAAGAGGACGAGGAGUACGACCACUUCUACCGGCGCCUGCAGCACCACGACGGUCUGAUCAUUCGAAUUUGCGCCAAAAACUACACCAUGCUCUACCAGCCGUCCAGCCAGGACUGGUUCUGGCGCUCCAACGCUCCCAUCCCCGACAAGGACACUGACGCCGAGACCCUGAAGGGCCAGGAGGAGGAGCUCACCGCCGAGAAGGCUGCUGUCCGCGAGAAGCGCCGUGACCGCUUUGUCGAGAAGUUUGUCAACAACCCCGGCUGGGCCCACGGUCUGAGCAAGGACCAGGUCGACGAGUCGAACCAGACUUUCCGCUCCUGGCUGAAUGGCACCCUUUCUACUGGCAGCCCUGCACCCGCACCGGAGUCUGGCGCCAAGGAGGAUCAGGCCCCCCCAAACAGGCGAACAGGCCGACACUGA